GUCGUGUUUUCCUGUCUACAGCGCGGACUUACAACAACACUUCCCACAAUGCAAUCGCGUUAUUCUGCCCGUCAAUAGAAGGCAAAGAGAGCAGAGCAGCAGCUUCGUUCUCUCUCAGCAAAAAGCACAAGCCGUCCACUGCAGCACCGAGUCAUCUUUUGCAGCCGAGCACUGCUUCUCGCCAUCCGUUCCUCCAUCCUCUCUAUAAUCAUCCUUCUGCAAGGCCGUGGGAAGCCAGUGAGUUUGAAGGCCUGUGAGUCAGUUGGACAUGUUGACCCUGCGCUUUGGACAGCAUCUCAUCAAGGCCUCGGCUGUGUUCCUGCAGACGGAGCUGUCCUUCGCUCUGGUCAACAGGAAGCCUGUGGUGCCAGGACAUGUGUUGGUGUGCCCUCUAAGACCAGUGGAGCGUUUUCGGGAUCUUCAGCCGGAUGAGGUGGCAGACUUAUUCAGCACCACUCAGAGAGUCGCCAGCCUGGUGGAGAAGCACUUCAAUGCCACAUCGCUCACCAUCGCCAUCCAGGAUGGCCCUGAAGCCGGACAAACCGUGAAGCAUGUCCACGUCCAUGUGCUGCCAAGGAAGGCGGGGGACUUUGAACGGAAUGACAGCAUCUACGAUGAGUUGCAGAAUCAUGAUCGAGUAGACGAGGACAUUCCCUCCAAGUGGAGAUCAGAAGAGGAGAUGGCAGCAGAAGCUUCAGAUUUGAGGAAACAGCUUGAGAAGCCCUAAAUGGAUGGUGUUCAACAAUCCAUGUCAGGGUUGAAAGGUGUACUGGACUGGACUGGAGGAUUACAGAAACAGACAUUAAUGUGGAGCUAUACUGUCACUGCAACAAUGGCUUUGAUGUAUUUAUUUUCCAAAAUAAAGUGCAAAUAAACAGAAUAUCAUUACUGGCUAGCAUUCUUAGA